AUGGCCGAGGGCUACGCCUGCGCCAGCAUGAAGCCGGGUGUUGUUUUAGUAACCUCGGGGCCAGGGAGUUCCAACCUCGUAACCCCUAUGCUUAAUGCUCUUCUAGACGGCACGCCAAUGAUUGUGAUUUGUGGCCAGGUGGCAACUACGGUUCAGGGGACUGGUGCUUUCCAGGAGAUUGACAUUAUGGCAAUUGCCAAGAUUUGCACAAAGUGGUGUGCUGCUGUGGAGAGAAUUGGCGACCUGCCGAAGAUCGUUGACGAAGCAUUUUACCACGCAUCCUCGAUACGUCCAGGGCCAGUCCUCAUAUCUAUUCCGAAAGAUAUCGGGAAAGCGAUUUUUGAGCCGACACAUACCACAAAUCCUCUAAUCAGAGCGCCGAGGUUGUUGAAGCAGGGGAUACUCAGACAAAAUCGAAUAGUCUUGAAAAAUAGCCUUAGCACCCCAAGUAUCCAAGAGGACAUCGAUCACAUCGCGAAACUUGUCAAUGAUUGUCAGCGUCCGAUCAUAUGUGCUGGCCAUGGAGUCCUCACAAAUGCAUCUGGCCCGACCAUGCUAUCCCAGAUUGCAGAAAAGGGUAGAAUCCCGGUCACGACCACACUCCUCGGACUUGGAUGUUUUGAUGAAGCUCAUGAGCUGGCGUUGCAUAUGGUCAGUACCUACGGAGCACCAUAUGCAAAUUACGCCAUCCAAAGUGCCGAUGUGGUUCUUGUAUUUGGGGCCCGUUUGGAUGAAAGAGCCGUAGGUAAUCCACUCCAUUAUGCCCCCAACGCCAGGGAGGCAGCUCAAGCCAGACGAGGGGGAAUUUUUCAGUUUGAUUUCACCCAUAGCAAUGUGGGGAAAAUUAUCAAGCCGACUCAAGUCGUCAUUGGAGAUUUGUCUGAGGUUUUGCCAAUGUUACUUCAGCGCUUGAAAAGUGGCCGGAAUCGAGAAGAAUGGCUAGAUCAGAUUGAACGGUGGAAAAAGAAACAUGCUUUUCGAGUUCCCCCAGAAGGCAUGCAUGGCCACGCCUCGCCUCAACAGACUAUUGCGGAGUUAGAUCGUCAAACUUCAUCAUUAAAGCACCGCGUUACUAUUACAACAGGCGUCGGGCAGCACCAAAUGUGGGCUGCACAGCGCUAUCGCUUCAAAUAUCCUCGCUCAUUCGUCACAUCUGGCACUCUGGGUACCAUGGGCUUCGGUCUCCCCGCUGCGAUUGGAGCCCAAAUGGCUCGACCCGACCACAUAGUGAUUGAUAUAGAUGGAGAUGCCUCAUUCUGUAUGACCAUGGAAGAGCUUCUCACUGCAUCACAAUAUGAUCUCCCAAUAAAAGUCAUCGUGUUUAACAACAACGCGCAAGGAAUGAUCGCACAGCUGCAGCAAGCCGACUACGGAGGUCGGGUUUGCUACAACCGUCAGGCCAACCCAAAUUUUGUUCAGUUAGCUCGGAGCAUGGGAUGUGAGAGCCAGCGAUGCGAAUAUGCCGGUGAAUUGUCGAGAUGUAUCCAGUGGCUUCUGGAGUGCCCGAGACCUGCAUUACUUGAUGUUGUCAUGGACGAAAUGAAAAUGCUUCCUAUUGUGCCGAAUGGGAAAGCUUUGGACCUGAUCACAUUAGAGUAG